AUGGCGAGACAGCCCUGUUUCUGGGUUAAUCCUUCACUCAAAACAAUGAUGGUGACGGCGCAGCUGCAGCGGGAUUCUAUCCCGGUGUUCCAGAACACGAACCAUACUAACCUCGAUGACGAAUCGUCUAGGUUCACCGAUCUGGUAAUCGAUCGUGUCCGCUGUCUUGAUUGGAUCGAAGGAUUUAGUCUAAACACCACCUGCAGCUCCAAGUCGCUGGGUACUACUAGGUGGCUGCAUUAUGCGGCGCGGGGUGCCUUACAGGGUGGGAUGACUUGCGGAUGCACAAUCUUCCCAAACGAACUCAAAAGAUCCAGGGACACUUGGAUCGUCCUGCUGGUUACUGAAAGGGCUAACAGACCCCUGACUAAGAUGGUGUCGCUUUGGUGUCGCUUGCAUCCCUCGUUAUUAGCCCUGGUUUUCCCGAGGCUAGCCCGAUCCUGCCGGGUCCAUGAUGCAGCUAAAGCCGCAAACGUUGACGGCCAAGAGAGCUGGGCCGGCUGGGCAAUAUGGAAGCACAGGCUCGCGGCUUCAGCUGACUGGCUGAUUUGUGGAGGAAAGGAGGGGGUACCGGGCGAAUGGGAACGAUUGGAACCCAGCAUGUGUCCACGGUAUACUUUUGGCCAGCUCGAAUUCAAUAUUCCGGACAAGGAUCCUUGGAACCCCACGGUAAUCCCUGCUAGUUUGGCGUCGUGGAGCCAUCCCAUUCAGAGGCAAGUGGCUGCUGGUGUCCUUCGGCUGCUUUGGCCCUCAGAGGGUGUUAACCCUUUAGUACUAGUCUGGUUGAUAAUCCCGGCCCCGGCUCAAGUCCAUACUAUUCGCCCAUCCACCGAUGCACACGCAUCGUCAAGGAUCGUUCUUCGAUUCUUUCAUCUCCUCUACCCUGUUUCCCUUAUCGCUACUAUGUGGACAGCUUAUACCUAA